AUGCGUGCAAUUGAAAGUUAUCUUAUAGCAAAUGGAAUUGUGAAAACAUAUGAAGAUCUGAAUUUAAACAGAGUGAAGUAUUUUGGAAUUGUGGUGGAUAGUGAUGAAGCCUGUGAAACUUCAAAAGUUAUUGAACUUUUGGAGUGGCUUUCACAUAUUGGUGUGAAAAAAGGAGUGUUGAAGAUGUCUAAGGAAGUGUUCUUGGAGAAAUUUGAUUCUAUGGUCCUAAGGGAGCGGAUUUCUUGGCUUGAAGAUACAAAUCAGGAUCUAUGUCGCAAACUUCAUGAGUAUCGCAACAGGGGUGUCACUAUCGAUCAACAAUCUGGAUCCAGGGAGGAUAUCAUUCCUAAAACAAGAGGCAACUAUUUUCAUGAAGAAUGCUGCUUCUAG